AUGUCUGCUCCAGCCACUACUCAAAUCGAAGUCUUACAAGAAGGUGAUGGUAAGACCUUCCCAAAGAUCGGCGACUUAGUCACCAUCCACUACACCGGAACUUUGGAAAACGGCAAGAAGUUCGACUCGUCCCGUGACAGAGGUAAGCCAUUCCAAUGCACUAUUGGUGUUGGUCAAGUCAUCAAGGGCUGGGACACUGGUAUUCCCAAGUUGAGCUUAGGCUCCAGAUCCAAGUUGACGAUUCCAGGUCACGAGGCUUACGGCCCAAGAGGUUUCCCAGGAUUGAUUCCUCCUAAUGCCACCUUGAUUUUUGACGUUGAAUUGAUCGGCAUCAACUAA